CCGCACCGCCGCGCAGCAGCCCGUUUUCUCGGCGGCGGCGCGGCGGCAUUUUCCUCAACCAAAAAUUUCAAGUUUACCUAUGACCUGAUGUCGUCUCAACACAACUCAUCGAAGCUUUGACAUCGCCUCUCGCCGCAAAAUUGUGUUCGUUCGAUAUUAGAGUUUCUUCCGCUCGGCCCAUUUUUUUUCUCCUUCUCUUUGCACCCUGCCCACCAUGGCGCCGAUUCCCAUCACCAUCAUCACCGGCUUCCUCGGUUCCGGUAAGACAACGCUGAUCCUCAACCUCCUCCCCCAGCUCAAGGCCGCAAACCCGUCGUAUAAGCUCGCCCUCCUAAAGAACGAGUUCGGUGACCUGGCAGUCGAUUCACAGCUGGCCUCCUCCAACGCCAUCUCCGGCGUGCAGGAGCUCCUCAACGGCUGCAUCUGCUGCAACCUCGUCGGCCAGCUGAGUGUCGCCCUCGCCGAGUUGCACUCGACCGUCCGCCCGGAUCGCAUUGUAAUCGAGACAAGUGGCUCCGCCUUCCCCGCAACCCUGGCACUCGAGGUCAAUCGCCUCGCCCGCGAGACGGGCAACUACACCCUCGACGGAGUCAUCAGUGUCAUCGACACGGAGAACUGGAAGGGCUACGAGGACACAAGCUACACGGCGCGCAUCCAAGCCAAGUACACGGACCUGAUCGUCUUCAACAAGUGGGAGCUUUGUUCCGAGGACCGCUUCGAUGAGGUCCUCGACCGGGUUGGCGAUCUUGAGGUCGACAUCCCGUGGGUCAAGAGCAAGAAGGGCUGGGUUGGGGCCAACCUCGUCUUUGGCGUAGAUGGCGGUCUCGCCCAGGGCUUGAAGGAGGACCACGCGCACGAUCACGACCACAAGGGAGAUAACCACUCGCACGACCACCAGACCGAGGUCGAGGUUUUGUCGGUUGAGCUCAAAGGGCCCAAGGAUGCUGCAGUCAACGCGGACAAGCUGCAGAGCCUACUGCGCGCGGCGCCCAAGGACGAGGUGUACCGUAUCAAGGCUGUUCUGACGGCGUCGUCGACGGUCAGAGACUCUGACGAAGACGCCCAGAUCCCCACACCGCCCCACCCCAAGUCGCGGUAUAUCCUCAACUGGGCGUUUGGCCGCUGGACAUUCACCCCGAUUGCGGAGGGCAGUGCCGAGCACGCUUCCAGUCAAGGGGCUCUUCUGCGUAUGACGAUGAUUCUAGGGCGGUAUGAGAGCAACAAGUGGAAGAAGAAGCUCGAGACGGGCUCGUUCUUGGAGGUCGAGGGUGGCGAGGGCGAGUUGGUGGUUUCAAAGAUUCUAUGAAGACAUGAGCAGACGAACGAAUAUAGAGAUAGAAAGAGCUGCGACAAAUGAGGCGCAUUAAGUAAUGUCCGAGGUUCGGGAAGCAGGCAGUGACAUUACAAUGCGAAAGAAGCAUGGCUGAGAGAGGAGGAAUUUCCACCCUAGACAGAUCUUUCGUAGAAUCGUGAAAGCAUCUAGAUUUCCAAAGCUGCUUCUGGAGAUGAUCUUCAGGCAAGCACGAUUUUGGCAUACACACAUUUAAACACAUAUCUGUCAAAGUGCAGUCAGUUGCUUGUCAAAUCAAUUUGUGGCAUCUGUUUUGUG